AUGUUAGGUCCUUAUCCUGGACUCUUAGGCAGUUGUUUUCAGAACCUACGCAUAGCACUACCUCACGUUGGUCUAGUCAUUCUCUCUACCGCCUACACCCUUCUCGGCGCUGCAAUAUUUCAUCACUACGAAAAGCCUUUCGAGGAGCACUUGCGGAAUGAAACCGCUCAUCGUGUACAUUCGUUAAAACAACGAAUCAUCGAUGAUUUGUGGGAGAUGAACAACAACGGCACGCCUUACACCAUUUGGGCGGAGAGGGCACAAAUCGCCAUGGACGACAUUAUACGUGACGUAUUUAUCGAUUAUACUAGGAAUUAUAUGACACCUGAAGAUGUCAUCACAGGCACCGGUCCUUAUAAAUGGUCUUUCGGUUCAAGCAUAUUCUUCUCAUGGACUGCCAUCACGACAAUCGGGUACGGUCAUAUCGUUCCACGAACUAACGCUGGACGAAUAGCGAUUAUAUUUUACGCCUUAUUCGGCAUACCUCUUAUUCUGGUCACUAUUGCCGACAUGGGACGAUUUUUGUCAGACAUCUCCGAAAUCCACACGCAAAAUUCGGAACUCGGCGGUCCGCCGUCUGAGGACACCCGAGCACAAGCGGACGAGCUUGAACCUGAGAUCCCGCACCAUGAGCGGCGAGUUUCCGUGAUGUUCAUCCUCGUAAUCAUGCUCGGUAAGUUUAGACUCAUGGAUAUUUUUUUUAAUUGUUCGCUAUCGCCAUUCCAUUUAAACUUAUCCAUUUGCUACCGAUCAAUUUCCUUUUUCGUUUUAUUUGUUUAG